CUUCGUUGACGAAAGCUUGUUGAAGUACUCGGCGAGCGCUAGAACGCUGUUCAUUUCCUAUCAUAGAGUAGCUCAUUGAUUCAACUUUCGGCAGAUUUCCCUGCGCUCAUCGGGAAAAAAAAUCUCGUGUUGUCCUUAUCUAGCUUUUUUGCAGUUGAGUCAACCAGCCCAAGAUUCUCUUCUGCCCGUUACUGUGGCGUUGUCCUCGAGAUUCGACUAGCGAUAGUGACACAUCACCUUGCUGAGUUACAUUGAAAUGUGCAAUCAUGGACGACAGCAGCCCAAGACGCCCCCGAGCUAGGGUGAGUUCCUUGAUCAGGGAUUGGCCCAACCCAUCUCACAGUGCUCACAGCUUCUUGCUAACUAACGCGGAAUCGCGAUUGGUGUAGUCAGAAGGGACCAGCCAGAGUAGACUAGAAAUCAACAGGGAGACGUCACCGGGCUCACCGAGACGCGGCGUGAGUGACACGGCCAACUAUAGCUCUCCCACGCGUCGCACUUCAGGAGUGGACACCUCCAGAGAUGGUGGUGAGUCGGACGGGAUGCGACGCCGCAGUAUUGUCCGCUCCGUACGGACAGGCAGUUUGGCCCAGCGAACGACUCUAGCGGAGCGCACGCAAGGGCAAUUCACCAUAGGGGGCCCAGAGGACGGUCCACAGUUGUGGCAGGCACACGAACCCUUUGUCCAGCCGGGGUAUUCAGACCUCAACCCCUCUUAUGAACAGGCCGCAAAUGCGAAGCCCAUCUGGUCUCUCGCAAAGCCCUUGCCGCGUGUAGUGCGGGCCGGCAUGGUGCCCACGAAGGAGGAGUUGCUUGAUGCGCGGUUGCAACCAGAGCGUCCGGCUGAAAACUCCCAGAAGCUGGGACUCGAUGUGAAUCCGAAUGACUUGGAGCAAGGCCAAAUUCCCAAAAUGGCAGACCCCCGGAAAAUGGCAGCGCAGGUAGAGGACGCCCGCCUUCAGCGGGAAAAUAACUUUGUCAAUAAAGUUCUCACUGGAGAUGUUGGUCCAUCACGCAUAUCCCGGACUUCCUCUACUCGCCGGCGCCGCCCGUCAGUGCGGAUUGAUGCCUCGAGCGAUCAGCUUUCGACAGUGCCAGAAAGGCCGAGCGCGGCCCCGAGCGUAGGCUCCGUUCACGCUGGGGAAGGCCAACUUCAUGGGAGGGACGAAUUACUUGAGCCCGUGCCAGAGCAACCGGAGGCGGACCCUGCCGUGGGGGAUGCGCUGCCCGAUCUAUUGGCGCUGCAUGAAUCAACACUUCCGGACGAUCUGCACCCGCUAGUGCAGGGGCUGGUGGAAGACGAAGUACACAACAAUCAUACGACCUGGUCCGUUAUUCGCACUCACCAUCGUGAGGCGCUAGCGGAAUCCCUGGCGGUAUUUGUCCAGCUGACCAUUGGCUUCUGUGCUGAUAUCUCUGUUACCGUGGCCGAUGCUGGUAAUCCUAAUACAACGGCGUGGGCAUGGGGCUUUGCUACCAUGAUGGCGAUCUAUAUCUCCGGUGGUGUCUCUGGUGCCCAUCUCAAUCCCAGUGUUACGAUUAUGUUAUGGUUUUAUCGUGGCUUCCCCAAACGUAAGAUGCCUGAAUAUUUCCUAGCGCAGUUCGUGGGUGCAUUUGUUGCUGCCCUGACAGCCUACGGUGUAUACUACCAAUCCAUUCAUCAAUAUCUCCUUACCCACCAAGAUACGGGGAUUGUGACCAGCUUCGUAACGGGCCAGCGUCAAUCAUGGAUUGACCCAGCAACGGCCUUCUUUACGGAACUACUCGGGACGGUGCUCACGGCCACGACGAUCCUGGCCUUGGGUGACGACCAGAAUGCACCACCCGGGGCGGGCAUGAACUCGUUGAUCGUUGGGCUCAUGGUGUUCGUGCUUUCGAACACCUUCUCCUACCAGACAGGCGCUGCCUUCAACCCCAGUCGAGACUUCGGGCCGCGCCUGGCCCUUCUCGCGCUCGGGUACGGGUCCGAACUGUUCACGAACCCUUACUGGUUUUACGGGCCGUGGGCCGGUUCUCUAUGCGGUGCUAUGAUCGGUGCGUUUCUGUAUGAUUUCAUGAUCUUCACCGGUGGUGAGUCGCCAGUGAACUACCCUUGGGAGCGCACACAGCGCUCGCUGCGGAAGAGUCGCAUCAAAUGGAAACGCCGAUUACGCAUUGACCGUCGACGACGUGGUAUCCCCGACAAGGUGGUUGCUUAGUGUUGCUAAUUGAAACGCCCAUCGAGUUGUUGAGGCGUGUGUGAUGACGUUGUUGGCAUGACUGCACGGAAUCCUACUUUUGUUUGUCUAGACCAAUGGACAUCUCUCGACUGUUGGCUAUCUCGCGCUGGU